GGAGAUCACAUCAGGAGACAGGAGAUCAGGAGGUCGUUUUGACGUGCAUUCAUUCCCUGGAAACACAGGAGGAUGAGUUUUCCAGUGAUAAUGGUUCCCAAAUGGGAUUACUAAAGUGCUCUAGCUCACCAUCAGAAGCUUCACAGACUUGCAGCUCACUUCAUGGUUUGAUGGUUUCUUCAUUGGUCUUAUGUGGAGUUCUCUGGAGCGAGAGGCAUCCAUGCACGUUCACUGAGCAGCAUGUUUCAGGAGGAGUACCAUGAGGAGAUGGACAGUGAGUAAGAGUGUGUCUGCAUGCUGGUCGGUGUGUGUCGUGUAUCUUCUCGCGGUCUCCGUCAGCUGUGGCCGCGCAUGUGCCGUGCAGAGGGAGCUCAGGGUCGACAACUCUUCAUCUUCAUCCUCAUCCACCUCCACCUCAGGACGGCAUGUGCGCAGUUACGUGCACCUCCAGGGAGACGUGCGCCAGAGGAAACUCUUCUCCUUCCAGAAGUUCUUCCUUAGGAUCGGGAAAGACGGGAGAGUCAACGGCACCAAGAGAAAAGACGAUCCCUACAGUAUUUUGGAGAUCACGUCAGUGGAUGUUGGGAUCGUUGCCGUCAAAGGUCUCGGCAGUAACCUUUACCUGGCCCUCAGUAAGAGAGGAGAACUGUACGGGGCGAGAAACUAUGGUGUAAACUGCCGUCUGAAGGAGCGCAUCGAGGAGAACGGGUAUAACACGUACGCGUCCGCCGUGUGGAGGAACAAGAAACGACAGAUGUUUGUAGGUCUGAGCGCUCGUGGAAAGUCUCUGCGUGGGAGAAAAACCCGCAGGAAGAACACAGCUACACACUUCUUACCCAUAAUGCUGUGACGUUUGUGACGCAAUGCUGACGGGAUGGAGAGAGAGAGAGACUUUGUCCGCACGCGCCUCUCUUUGCUUGCUCCUUCUUUAUAACGUUAUGCUCAUGCCAGCUGAUAUUAAGUGGUCAAUAUUCUCAAAAGAGCAAAGUUCGUGAAUGUUUCAUUUCCAUUGUGCGUUAUUCCAGUGAUCUGUUAUUGUGGAUUAUGUGUGCAAGAGUCUCCUGAAUAGGAUUAUAUUUCUGAGAUCAUUUAUUUCUAAUAGACAUGCGUCGCACUGGGAAAGAUAGUGGGGAUGUACAGCAUACGGGGAAUUUGUAUCUUCAGUUUUGGACUGCUUUGAAAUAACUAUAUUAUUUAUUUGUAUUGUAUUUAAAUAAAAUACUCUAAAAAAAACAUAUUAAAAGCAUAUCAAAUGGAUAACCUCUUCCUGUGAAAUAAAAUCUAUUUUGUUAUCCUCCUGGA